GUUGGGUCUCUCCGCUCCCUCCCCGGUGCUGGGGGGGUCCCGGGAUGGCGGAGGAAGCGCAGGUUCGGGUGCAGGCGGCGGUGGAGGAGGUGGUGCAGGCUCUGGAGCGGGACCGGAUCCGCGGCAUGCAGGGUGCCAUGUUCCGGUGCAGUGCCCGGUGCUGUGAGGACGGGGGGGCCACCAUGCAGCAGGUCCAGCGCUGCAUCGAGCGCUGCCACGCACCCCUGGCCCAGGCCCAGGCCAUUGUCACCUCCGAGCUGCAGCACUUCCAGGACCGGCUGAGCCGCUGCACGCUGCGCUGCAAUGACGAAGCCAGGGACGCGCUGGAGGCCGGGGGGACACAGGCAGGGGUGAGGGGACAGCUGGACUCCUGCCUGGCCACCUGUGGGAACGACCACCUCCGCCUGGUCCCUGCCAUGGCCAAGAAGAUGAAGGAGGGCCUGGCCGCCAUCCCCCAGUGACGGGGCGCCG